AGAACCCACUUUCAGGGUCUUAAAACAAAGUAGAUCUCUAAGGGCCUGCGGAGGAUGAGUCAACCAGUGUUCAACAGCAGCUCACGUGCUUCCCUGAGGAGAGCACGAUGUUCCCACAGCAUACCUUCUGGAGACUUCAAGCUGUUGACCAGAUUUAGGCAGUCUGACUCCAGGAUUAUGUUUUCACCCGCACGAGGAGAGAGAAAUUUGAGGGUUUCCACCAUGGCUAGGCUCUCGGCUUGUUCGGCGGAGGAGGCGAGGACGUCCUUGGCAAAGCCGUCGAUCAAGAUCCCAGCUGAGUUGCGGCAUACACAAGCUAUUGAACCUUCAAAGGAACCAGGUUGCAACUGUGGGUCCGGGAGGAGCCUUCUAAAGACGAGGCUAUUCCUUGCUUUCCAGAUUUCCCAGAGGACAACAGAGACUAACUCAAAUUCAGGGGAGUUGUUGCUGCUGGGUAUGAAUUUAAUCAGCCAUUCAUCAAAGCGGGAAGUUUGGUAUUUUGAGAUCUGGAUGUUGAGUGCAGGAACAUCCCAGACUUCCCUCGUCCACUUGCAUAGUAGGAAUAGAUGUUCUGUGGUUUCUGCAUGAACUCGACAGAAUGGGCAAUUCAAAUCAGGUACUAGUUUCCUUCUGUACAAAUUUUCCUUCGUUGGUAGAGCGUUUUGGCAUACGCUUCAUACAAAGUUUCUGAUUUUGUGGGGAGUUUUCAUUCUCCAUAUCCUGUUCCAGAGUUUAGUAGGAGUUUGAUGAGAGGAGGAGGCAGGUUGAGUUUCUGUGUUUACCUUUUUUCGAAGGGUGUUGUAACCGCUCUUAACAGUGUAGUCGCCUUCCUUCGUGCCCGUCCAGAUCAGUUUGUCUUCAUUCAUUUGUGGUCUGAUAUGUACUGUGAGGAUCUCUCGUACUACCUGUUCAUCGAAUAGUCGUCGCAAAAGCGGUUCCUUCCA